AUGCUAUUAGACGACAGCGAAUCGGCCGAGCGACCAAGCACUAGAGAAACUGAGGGCGACGCCGCCGAGUCCGAUACGGGAUCGGGUCCAGUUUUCGUGGCGCAGUGGCCGAAAGAAAAGGCCGAAUAUCGAGACGUGGGGACCGACAGUCCGACAUCGGCCGUAAGAAUCAGUUUGCAACCAUCUAGUCACAAAAGAGGCCGGUCGGAGGGCGAGAUUACGCUCGGCCGAAGACAGGUCUGCUACACGCCGCCGCCCACGCCCCCGCGCGAGAGGGAAGAGGCGGCGUCCGCACAGCGGUCCAGCGCUGACGUCAGCUCGGACGCGGUGGAAGGGAGCGCGCAGCGGCAGCAGCAGCAGCAGCAGCGGCGCCAGCGCACGCUCCAGCACGAAGACGACGAAGAGUGGAGGCCGGCGGCGCCGGCGCCGGCGCCGACGCGUCCGCAGCUCACCUGCCAGAGCUCCGAGGAGAGGGAGGAGCCCCGGGGGUGCAAGGCCCACCCCCUAUAUAGGGCGGACAGCCUGUCGGAGGGCGACAGCGACCAGGGGGGCAGCGGCAGCGGCGGACGUCGACACACAGCGUCACCGGCCACCUUCCUCGCCGACAUGUCCGACUCUGACGGCGCGCGCUCGCGCAGCCCGCAGCCACCGCGCCGCUACUCCAAGCGGCCGCUGCGCGGGCCCUACGGCCAGAUGCUGGAGGCCGAGAUGCAGAAGCCGGAGCCGCGCAUCCACUCCAGAUUCCACUGCAGCGAGGACCUCAAGUUCCUGGAGGAGCUGGCGGGUCCGCCGAGCGCCGGGCCGUCGCGCGCGCCCACCGUCCAAUCUCUAGACGAGCCGCAGGUGCACCGGCCGCGGCCCGCUGCCCGCGCCGCCCCUGCUGCCGCCGCGGCGUCGCCCUCGCCGUCGCCCUCGCCGUCGGCGUCGCCCGCUCCGCGCCCCGCCGCGGCCGCACAGCCGGCAACCGGCGCCAGGCGCAAGGUUAGCGGCGGCGCGCCGCCCUGCCACCAGCGCACUGCCUCCAGCCCGUCGCAGCUCGAGGGCGGCCAGCGCCGCCGCCACCACGCACUCGCCGGUCUGCUCGCCGAGGGGCACGACCGCAUCUACGCGGCGCCACAGCAGCUAAAGUUGCCGACCCCCGCGGGCCCGGUUUCCGCGCCCACGAGGACGAAGCCUCCAUCGGUACCGUCGCCGUGCUCGACAGCAGCGACCACGUCUGCACCCCAGACGUUUGAGGAAGGAGAGCAUCAGCAAAUCGAUUCGAGCUCGGACACAGAGAUGCGGGAGUUGCCUACUGUCUGUCGUGAUCCACAGGACGCGGACACGCGUUCCCGCAAGCAGAAGUCGCCCAAUCGGCGAAAGAAGAGAAGGCCGUCUGCAUGA